CCUGUCCUCCACCCUCAAAAUGCCAGCAAGCUCUGCCGUCAGCAGCGCGCUCCUGCUCUCGCUUCUCUGGGAAGCAAGCGCUGUUGUCUUACUCAAUUCCACUGACUCAUCCUCGCCAACCAAUAACUUCACUGACACCGAAGCGGCUCGGAAGGCUCCGCUCGAGGCUGCGGACACCCCCAGAGCCCGGCGGAAGCGCUACAUUUCGCAAAAUGACAUGAUCGCCAUUCUUGACUAUCACAACCAGGUUCGGGGCAAAGUGUUCCCACCAGCAGCAAACAUGGAAUAUAUGGUUUGGGAUGAAAAUCUUGCAAAAUCAGCCGAGGCUUGGGCGGCGACUUGCAUCUGGGACCAUGGACCUUCUUACUUACUGAGAUUUCUGGGCCAGAAUCUAUCUGUACGAACUGGAAGAUAUCGCUCUAUUCUCCAGUUGGUCAAGCCGUGGUAUGAUGAAGUGAAAGACUACGCUUUUCCAUAUCCCCAGGAUUGCAACCCCAGAUGUCCUAUGAGAUGUUUUGGCCCCAUGUGUACACACUAUACACAGAUGGUUUGGGCCACCUCCAAUCGGAUAGGAUGUGCCAUUCAUACUUGCCAGAACAUGAAUGUGUGGGGGACUGUGUGGCGACGUGCAGUGUACCUGGUGUGCAACUAUGCUCCAAAGGGCAACUGGAUUGGAGAAGCACCAUAUAAGGUGGGGGUACCCUGUUCAGCCUGCCCUCCGAGUUAUGGGGGAUCUUGUACCGACAACCUUUGUUUUCCGGGAGUAACGUCAAACUACCUGUACUGGUUUAAAUAAGCUCAUCUGCUCCUCCAGGAAGUGAAAUGGUUUCUGGGAA